CAGACAGAUCAAAGGAAAAAACCGUUUGUUUAGGCCUCAAUGACGGCGACCGAUACCGCCGCCUCUUUGGACCAAAUUGACGGCGGCGAUUCAUCGACGGCCGCCGUUUCCGCCCAUUUUCAAAUCAGCGGCCCUCCCUUCUCCGGCCGUGACACUUCCCAAAAUUAAGUAUCAUUUGUCACAAAAGCAGAAGCAGAAGCAGAAGCAGCUAAUACUAUUCAAUUUCCUCACAUUCUCCAACCAAAUACUGUAAAUGCUGAACGCCGUAGAAGCCACGUAGCUCCUCGUUUUUCCGUUCUAUAUUCAUGACAGGGUGUUUCCCAUCCUAGCCUGGAGACUGUUGAUUAUGAUCAUUUGUAGUCAUCAAAGGAUCAAUCGAGUUGUUUAUCAAUAUGGGUCAUGAACUCUUUUCGAUAUCUCGAAUCGGUACAAAAAGAGUGCUAUGGAUGAUGGGGCUGAUGUUUGCUAUGAUUUUGGCUCUUCAAUACUUUGAACUUCCAUAUGGGUUUUCCCUAUCUUCUUUGCUUUCUGCUGGUAAGGUUUCGGUCAUCGAAGAGGGCGAUUCUCAUUCCCCUGCCCACAAUCCACUAUCGAAGACCGAGCUUGUUGCUGAUCCCCCACUUUCAGAUAGUAUAAACUCGACUUCAUCUCAUGAUAGUUAUGGGAUGGCAAAUUACACUGAGGUUUUUGAAGAACAGAGAGAUGAUGAAUUUAUACCAGAAGAAGAUCACACCCUGAAAGAGGCAUUAGAAUUAGACUUGGAUGCCAAUGCUACUAAGUCUUCCUCAACUGAGGAUUCGAUAGAGCCCGUUGAGAACUCGACCGUUGAUGAUGAAUCUAUUAACAAUGAUUUGCAAAGAAAUAAUCAAAGCUUUGAUCGAAAAGAUGACUCUUUACGUAAUGAUUCGAUAGGAAUAAAUGGGACAAAAAGCUCUAUUUCAACAUUAGGAUAUAGCAAUCACUCGGGUGACAACUUUGCAGCCCCGCCAGCAGUUCCACCCAUAAGUUCAUCUUCUAUGAUGUUUGGGAAUACAAGUAAUAUUUCUCAGAAUUCAUCAAGCCACGACGUGUCUGUUGGAUCCAAUGCUCCCGCUCCCAAUAGUUCUGAAAAAUUGAAUGCAUAUGUGAAGGAGAAAGUUGAAGUAAAUACGUCCAAUAAGAGUGAGAAAACUGAGCAAUUGCACAGUGAGCGAGAUAUAGUGAAAAACAAGUCGGUCUCUGAGGAGAAGAAAGUGCCUAGACUCCCCUUUUCCGGAGUAUAUACACUCUCUGAGAUGGACAGUUUGUUGCUUGAAAGUCGCGCAUCCUACAGUCCGAUUGUACCAAGUUGGUCUUCAGCUGUAGACCAAGAGCUGCAACAAGCAAAAUUAAAGAUCGAGAACGCACCUGUGAUAGAUAACGACCCGAGUCUCCAUGCUCCUUUGUUUCGAAAUGUUUCCAUUUUCAAAAGCAUCCUAUUAUGCAGGAGCUAUGAACUUAUGGAGAGUAUUCUCAAAGUGUACAUCUACAGAGAAGGAGAAAGACCGAUCUUUCACCAGGGUCCGCUCCAGAGUAUCUAUGCUUCUGAGGGGUGGUUCAUGAAGAUACUAGAAUCAAACAAGAGAUUCGUCACUAAGGACCCGAAAAAAGCUCACCUCUUUUACUUGCCUUUCAGCUCUCGACAGUUGGAAGAGGUCUUAUACGUGCGCGACUCACACAGUCAUAAGAACCUCAUACAACACCUCAAGAACUACUUGGACUUUAUUGCUGCAAGACAUCCUUACUGGAACAGAACUGGAGGAGCCGAUCAUUUUCUCGCUGCUUGUCACGAUUGGGCGCCUGCAGAAACGAGGAAAUAUAUGGCAAGGUGCAUAAGAGCUCUAUGCAACUCGGACGUCAGAGAAGGUUUUGUUUUUGGUAGGGAUGUAUCCCUUCCCGAAACAUUUGUACGCUUUGCUCGGAAUCCUCUAAGAGACAUUGGUGGCAAUCCUCCAUCCAAGAGGCCAAUCCUUGCUUUCUUUGCAGGCAGCAUGCACGGCUACCUACGUUCGAUGCUCCUGGAGUAUUGGGAGCGCAAAGACCCUGACAUGAAAAUCUCCAGUAAGUUGCCAAAGUCCAAAGGAUCAAAGAACUACCUCUGGCACAUGAAGAACAGCAAAUACUGCAUCUGUGCAAAAGGCUAUGAAGUCAACAGCCCCCGAGUCGUGGAAUCCAUCUUGUACGAAUGCGUUCCUGUGAUCAUAUCGGACAACUUUGUGCCUCCACUGUUUGAGGUUUUAAAGUGGGAGUCGUUUGCGGUUUUCGUAGCAGAGAAAGACAUUCCAGACCUGAAGAACAUUCUCCUUUCCAUACCCGAGAAGCGGUAUAGAGAGAUGCAGAUGAGGGUGAAGAAGUUGCAGCCACAUUUCCUAUGGCAUGCAAGGCCUCAAAAGUAUGAUUUGUUUCAUAUGAUUCUACACUCCAUUUGGUACAAUAGACUUUACCAAAUAAGACCAAAAUAGAUUGAAAAACAUAACAGAUUUGUUCAUACUUGUCUUGUUGGAAUAAGGUGGGAAACUUAGGUCUCUAAAUUCAUUUGUUUUUUUUUUCUUUUGGUUAUAGUCAGCAAAAGUUCUCUGUAAUUAUAUUUUUGUCUCUGUUUUCUCUUUGUAUUGAUUAUUAAUUUAUAGGAGUUUUUUAGUUUGGACA